GUUAUUUCCCACCAAUCAUUAUGAGCGUCCUACUUCGUGCUUUCGUUGUUGGCUAUACCGGCGAAACAGGCAAAGCUCUUGUCAAGGCGUUAGCCAAAGAUUCGCGAUAUGACGCAGUUACGCUAAUCGGACGGCGACAGGUUGACAAAAUAGACUAUGGAGUCGAAUCGGACGUGGCAGAGAAGAAAUUCUCUCAACAUGUGCUCGAUUUUGACAAGCUGGACGACCAUGCACUGCUGUUUUCUGACGCCGAUGUGGGGUUUGUUGCUCUCGGAACCACGUUGCAGAAGUCUGGCAGGGAGCAAAUGCGCAUUGUAGACCACGAUUAUGUAAUCAAAAUAGCAGAGCUGAGUUUGGCAUCUGGCUGCAAGGAGCUUCACGUUGUCAGCUCACAGGGUUCGAAUCCAAAGAGCACACUUUUCUAUUUGCGUCUGAAAGGAGAAACAGAAGAGGACCUGAAAGCUGUUGGCGUGUUUCCAAACUACCUUGCCAUCUAUCGUCCGGGCGUGUUGCUUUGUAAUCGCACGGAAUUUCGCCUUGGCGAACGGCUGUACAAAAUUCUAAUGAAACCAGUACACACUCUCUAUCCUCGUUGGCUCUCUGUUCCGGUAACCACACUCGCUCAGGCCAUGGUCAACGCACCUUUUUGUCUGGCUUCGAUUAUGCGUAAGAAAGCACGUGAUGCUGGUGAUGCGUAUGACCCGAAGGGUUCGAAUCCAAAGAGCACACUUUUCUAUUUGCGUCUGAAAGGAGAAACAGAAGAGGACCUGAAGGCUGUUGGCGUGUUUCCAAACUACCUUGCCAUCUAUCGUCCGGGCGUGUUGCUUUGUAAUCGCACGGAAUUUCGCCUUGGCGAACGGCUGUACAAAAUUCUAAUGAAACCAGUACACACUCUCUAUCCUCGUUGGCUCUCUGUUCCGGUAACCACACUCGCUCAGGCCAUGGUCAACGCACCUUUUUGUCUGGCUUCGAUUAUGCGUAAGAAAGCACGUGAUGCUGGUGAUGCGUAUGACCCGAAGGUGCUGAUCGUCAAUAAUGAUCAGUUGUUUGAUUUGGCUGCUGAAUCAGAUGACAAUUUCUCUUAGAGGCUGUGAUAUUUCACUCACAUUUUCCCAUUUUAAGUGGAGAACAUUGUAUAUUUCGUCCCGGUAUUUCUCCCUCACUUAUUUUCUACAUUAUCAAAUAGUCUUGACUGUGUCCACUUCACUUGUUUUUAUGAUUUUCUUCUUUUGUCUGGCAUCUAUCCACUCGAAUUCCUACACUCUCGAUGCGGUGUAGCUGGAUGGGG